AUGAAACGUCAUCAUAUGCAAAACAAGCAGUCUGAUACUUGCGAGCAGAAGCAGCGCUUUGAUUCAGCCACAUCUUCCACCUACAAAGCGCAACGCACAAAAUGGCAAAUACGGUAUGGAGAAGGUGGUUCGUUAGGGAUCUUCGGUGAAGACGUUGUUCGUUUCGGCGGGAAAGGAUCGCAUCAAUUAGUAGUCCCGAAUACGGUAUUUGGUCAAGCGUUAGCAGUCAGUGAAACGUUCAAAGCGUUCGAAAUGGACGGAAUUCUUGGUCUUGGAUUUCAAUCGAUCGCUGUUGGAAACGUUUUACCACCGUUAAACAAUGCCUGGAAUCAAGAUCUCCUUGAUCAACCAAUUUUUACCGUAUGGCUUCAGCGUAGGGUUAGUACGGCUUCCUAA